AUGGCGAGGCGCAAUGAUGGCUGGGGCGACGGCGACAAGAUCAAGAUUGGUGUCUGCGUCAUGGAGAAAACGGUGUCGUGUUCUCCCAUGGAACAGAUUCUUGAAAGGCUGCGCGCGUUCGGCGAGUUCGAGGUACAUAUACCAGGUCUAGUUCCCUUUAUUCUUCUGGCCCUGUUGGUGUUCAAAUGUCUGAAUCCUGAAACUACUUUGCAAGCAACUUCAAUAACUAUUUGUAUUAUACUGAAUAUCAAGAGUUGGCCUAUAUGUGAUUGUCUAAUCGCCUUUUACUCGUCUGGGUAUCCACUAGAAAAGGCAGAGAAAUAUGCAGCUUUACGAAGGCCCUUUUUGGUGAACGAGCUGGCCCCGCAAUACCUCCUUCAUGACCGCAGCAAAGUAUAUCAGCAACUUAAGUUGUAUGGGGUUCCUGUUCCAACCUAUGCUGUUGUCAGAAGAGAGUACCCUAAUCAAGAAUUAAGCUACUUUGUUGAGGAAGAUGAUUUUAUUGAGAUCCAUGGGAAGCGGUUUUGCAAGCCUUUCGUGGAGAAACCCAUUGAUGGUAACAGCUCAUAA